AUAUUGAUAAACUAUGUACAAUCGUGGUAAGUGGAUAAUAAUGGAAAUUAUUCAUAAUUAAUUACGAUUUUUAGUCAGUCAAUUGUUUAAGUAAGUUCAAAAACUUCAUGAAGAUAAAUAACAGCAUUAUUUAAAAAAAUCACAAGUUAAUUAAUUGAAUUAACAUUGUUAACUUAACAAAUAAUUUUUUUAAUUUUACACUUUUAUAAAUAGCAGUUGCGCCACAAAUCAUCAUAAUAUUUAAUAGCAAAAAGAUGAGCUACGCAUUCUUGAAAAAUAUAUUCAAAAAAAACAAAAAACAAAAUAAAUCAAAAUAUAACAAUGACAAGAAUCAAUUAGGGAACUCACGUAAAGAAUAUAGUGUUCAAUCCCCUAUAUAUCAUGCGUUUUGCUUACAAAUAAGAAACUUAGAAUUGUACCUGAAUAAAAAACGAAAUUUCGAUUUAAAACCAAACUGCCUAGAAUUUAUAAAAACUCUAAAUAAUUUCGAAAGUUAUCUCAAUGAUAAUCCACAAUUAGAUUACAUAAAACAAACAUUUUCAAAGGAACAACAAAAGCUCUAUUGGAAUAUGACACAAGAACUCAGUCAAUGUUUCAGUGAAUUUAUUUCGGUAAUAAAACAUAAUAUAUAUAUUUCUCAUCGAAAUGAAAGCAUUCUUAAUAUUGCACAUGAAAACCUUCCAAUCUAUCAAAACUUAGAAGAAAAAAGUCUUCAAGCUUGUAUUGAUACGGAAAUAGCAUUGAAAGCUCGAAUGUUUAAAAAAUGGUCUGUGCUAAAACUAUCAAAAAAUAAAAAUUUAGUUAAAAAAUUCCAAAUGGAACUCGUCGGUCAAAAAAAUAUAAUUGCUUUAAGGCAAAAGCAAAUGAAAAUACUUGUAGAGAAAUAUUUAAAAAUUAAAAACAAUACUAUCAACAAUGAUAAAUGCAAAAAAUCAAUAGCAAAUUAUAAACCACUGGUAAUAAACGAGCGAUUAGUGAAUGAUAACAGUGAAAAUAUUAGUCAUAAUAAUUCAAAAAAAUUAACUCCACCAGUACAGCUGAACACAAAUUUAGAAGAAAAGUCACAAUAUAUUAUUCCAGACCUAGGAAGCAAUACAACUGACAAUUUACAACUUAUGUAUGAACAAGAAAUAAUGAUGGUUAAUGAUCAUGAAUAA